AUUCAUCUGAUGAAUGGUAUGUUGAUGCAAGAUUAGAAGAAAAGACAUGCCAGUUAUUUAUGAAAAAUAUUUGUCGCACAGUUGGUAUUGAAAUAGGAAAUCGUAACCUUGUAAAUCAUUCAGGCUGCUCAACAUCAAUUACUUCACUUUUCCGACAGGGAGUACCCCUUGUUACGACAAUGUCUAUUACAGGUCAUAAAAGUGAAUCCUCAUAUAGAAUUUAUGCUCGCCCAUCAGUUAAACAAAAAGAGGAUGCAUUGUCUCGAAUUAUUAGCAGCAUAGGAACUUUACCCUCAUCUAAUGAUCAAUCAAUACCAAGUAUUUCAUCUGCUAAUCGCCUUCUAAAAUCAAAAUGUGAAAGAUUAUGUGCUUCUUCAUGCCAUUUUUUGUAG